AUGACCACUUCUAUCCAUGAACGCUCUGCGCUUGCUCAGCGUCCAUUUCGCAUUCGCAAAUCGCUGAAAGAACUGGUGUAUAGACCUCGAGUUCAGAAGCAUCGACAAGUCUCAUUACCAUUACCCCCGUUACCUCCUCAUGACCAUACCAGAGACGAAUACGUCUACGACAUCUUGUACGAAUGUCAACGAGGUUUGCUUCAAUUUGAUCCCAGUCCAUGGUGCGAUGCCGAUAUGAGAUACACUCCUAUGGAUCCAAAGACAUACCAAUUGCCGGAUCCCACGUGGGAAUGGGUCAGCAAAGACUGGAUGGUUGACAUGACGGACGAUGUCGAUGAAGAUUUGAAGAUGACCUAUGGAGCUGGGUGGCAGUACGCUCUCAAGUUUCACGGAGCGGCAUGGCACGGAAAUUACAAACAUUUUCGAUCUUUUGUACGACGGCGCCGGUGGAUCCGCCUGAGGCAUCGUAUUCAACCUCAGCAAAAUACCCAACAACAACAGCAACAACCAGAGACAGAUAAAAGCAUAACUUCCGUGCCCACCAGAACAUUGGUCUCUGUCGAUCGUUCGGAAGAAUCUUGUUCAUCUUCGCAUGAUGAUAUCCAUACCCGUGAACAACAGUUAUUUGAACGGAUGCAUCAGUGUCGAUUGGAUCGUGAGCGUUGGGAUAUCUUGCAAAAGGAGCUUUCAUCCGCUGGCCCCGAUUUUGAGGAUCUUAUUCUCCACAAAGCACGCGAUUACAUGGCAAUAUUUGAUUUUGAAAACUAUAAGCAAAAGUUUAUUCAUGCAAGUAGUCAUUUCCUGCUAUCAUAA